AAAUAAACUUUUAAUUCCAUUUUUCUACGAUCUUUUUGAAGUACCCUCAUACUUCGGACUGUUCAUGCAGAAAACUCUCGUGUUCUUUCUUACUAGUGUAUCUAUGUUAUUCCUAUACUGGGGUGCGGAACUUUUUUUCUGCCAAGGGCCAUGGGAUAUUUCUAGCAGCAUUCACGGGCCAUACAAAAUGAUCAACUUAAAAGUUAGCCUGCCGUAGGUGUAUUGAAUGUUGAGUCCCACCUGCGGUUGCUUUGGCAGAACCAGGCCAAAUGAUUUUGCGGCCCUGGGCUGAUGUUCCCCCACCCCUGCCUAGGAGGAGUCACUGUUAAGUCUGUAGAAGAGAGCUGACAGGUUAACGAUCGUACCUCAUGCCUUUUUACAUUCUAGGUGUACCACAGUGAGCAAUCAGACAAAAUAAAUAAAACACAAAUCACUACACUUCUGGAGUUUAAAUUAUCAUGGAAGGUAAUAAACCAGCAAAAAGUACAUAAGUACAUUAACUACCACGCUGAAAAGUGACGAGUGCUUUAAAGAAGAGCAAGCAGAAGAGAGACGAGCGCUAGGAUGGUGAAAAGGGAUGGCUUGUAGUCUUAUACCAGCUAGUAAAGGAAGGCCUUUCUUGGAAGAGCUGUUUGGGCAGAACCCUGAAAGAGAUAAGGAAACACACUUUGGAACAGUGUGCAGUAAGAACCUUCCAGGAAGAAGGAAAAACAAGUACAGAGAGAGAGAGGUUUGUCACGCCUGGUGGAAGAACGCAAAGUACAAAUACAGAGACCUAACUGUACGUGAAACUGUCAAUGUUAUUACUCUCUACAAAGAUCUCAAACCUGUACUGGAUUCCUAUGUUUUCAAUGAUGGCAGUUCCAGAGAACUAAUGAACCUCACUGGGACAAUUCCUGUGCCUUAUAGAGGUAACACAUACAAUAUUCCAAUAUGCCUGUGGCUGCUGGACACAUACCCAUAUAAUCCCCCUAUCUGUUUUGUUAAGCCUACUAGUUCAAUGACUAUUAAAACAGGAAAGCAUGUUGAUGCAAAUGGGAAGAUAUAUCUUCCUUACCUACAUGAAUGGAAACAUCCACAGUCAGACUUGUUGGGGCUCAUUCAGGUCAUGAUCGUGGUAUUUGGAGAUGAACCUCCAGUUUUCUCUCGUCCUACUAUUUCAGCAUCCUAUCCAUCAUACCAGGCAACAGGGCCACCAAAUACUUCCUACAUGCCAGGCAUGCCAGGCGGAAUCUCUGCAUAUCCUUCUGGAUACCCUCCCAAUCCCAGUGGUUACCCUGGCUGUCCUUACCCACCUGGGGGUCCAUAUCCUGCCACAACAAGUUCUCAGUACCCCUCGCAGCCUCCUGUGACCACGGUUGGCCCUAGCAGGGAUGGCACAAUCAGCGAGGACACCAUCCGAGCCUCUCUCAUCUCAGCGGUCAGUGACAAGCUGAGAUGGCGGAUGAAAGAAGAGAUGGAUCGCGCCCAGGCAGAGCUCAAUGCUCUGAAAAGAACAGAGGAAGAUCUGAAAAAAGGCCACCAGAAACUGGAAGAGAUGGUUACCCGCUUAGAUCAAGAAGUUGCUGAGGUUGAUAAAAACAUAGAACUUUUGAAAAAGAAGGAUGAAGAACUCAGUUCUGCUCUGGAGAAAAUGGAAAAUCAAUCUGAAAACAAUGAUAUUGAUGAAGUUAUCAUUCCCACAGCCCCACUAUACAAACAGAUCCUAAAUCUGUACGCAGAGGAAAAUGCAAUUGAAGACACUAUCUUUUACCUGGGAGAAGCCUUGAGGCGAGGAGUGAUAGACCUGGAUGUCUUCCUGAAGCACGUACGGCUCCUGUCCCGUAAACAGUUCCAGCUGAGGGCACUAAUGCAAAAAGCAAGAAAGACUGCCGGUCUCAGUGACCUGUACUGACUUCUGAUACCAGCUGGAGAGCGCUCUUCCUAAGACAUUCUUUUCUUCUCUUCCUUUCUCUUAUCGGUAGGUGCCCGAAAUAAGUUAUUGCAGUUUAUCAUUCAAGUGUAAAAUAUUUUGAAUCAAUAAUAUAUUUUCUGUUUUCUUUUGGUAAAGACUGGCUUUUAUUAAUGCACUUUCUAUCCUCUGUAAACUUUUUGUGCUGAAUGUUGGGACUGACCAUGCUAAAUAAAACUUGUUGCAUAA